UACUGGUGUACUAAGGGGUGUGUUUCUGAGACUGAACCAAAAAGGAAGGUCUUUACCUGUGAGGGAUGGACAGAAGGUCUUGUUCAAAGGAUUUGCUUCCUUUUGUGGUGCUUGUGGCCAACGAAUGCAGCAACACUGGCUUAUUCACUUUGUUCAAAGCUGCCACUCUGCAAGGGAUGAGUAACUUUGUUUUUGUUACCUAUGCUUAUGCUCUUGCUACUAUUGUACUCCUUCCUGUGUCUUUUUUCUACAGAAGAUCAAGAGUGGUUCCUCCACUCAGUUUCUCCAUCCUAUCCAAAAUUGCUCUUCUUGGGGUGAUAGGAUGUUCAUCUCAGAUUCUGGGGUAUGUUGGCAUCAGUUACAGUUCUCCCACUCUUUCUUCUGCAAUCAGCAACCUGAUUCCUGCUUUCACUUUCAUGCUUGCUAUCAUUUGCAGGAUGGAAAAGAUAGUUGUAAAAAGUAGAACUACCUUAGCUAAGGUUAUGGGGAGCAUUAUAUCAAUAUCAGGUGGACUUAUAGUGACUUUCUACAAAGGCCCAUCGAUCAUCAUUGCUGAUAAUUCCCCUUCCUUUCAACUUCCACAAUCAAAUGGCAUUCUUAUUUCAGUAGAUACAAGUUGGGUCAUAGGUGGCCUUCUACUCACAGCUUGCAAUAUACUACUUACACUAUGGUUCAUUGUCCAGGUGGAAAUCUUGAGGGAGUUCCCGGAUGAACUAACUAUGGUCUUCUUUUACAACAUGUGUGCAGCCAUAGUAGCUGCAACUGUAGGUUUAUUUGCAGAGAGAAAUACCAGUGCUUGGAAAAUAAGACCAGAUAUAUCACUGAUCUCAAUUGUUUGCACUGGAAUAUUUAAUAAGUUCCUGAGCAGUUUAAUAUAUGCUUGGGCAAUACACUUAAAGGGGCCUGUAUAUGUAGCAAUGUUCAAGCCAAUCUCAAUUGUCAUUGCUGUUGCCAUGGGUGUUAUGUUCCUCGGUGAUAAUCUUCAUGUAGGAAGUAUAAUUGGAGCCACAAUAAUAUCAAUAGGUUUUUAUACUGUAAUGUGGGGCAAAGCAACAGAAGAGAAGGAGGAGGAAAAUGUUGGAAACCAGGAAUCACCAACUGCUGAGAAUGUUCCUCUCUUGCGAAGCUAUAAAACUGUAAAUUCUGAAAAGAAAAUACAUGGAAGUGUAUAGAUGUAGAAAACAAACUGUUUGCACCUCUUGACAUUAGAGAAAAUAUCAUUAAGGGACCAUUUUUGGUCAUAGAACAGCAUGGUACUAUGUGGGUCAACAACACUUUGGUUUCAUUGUCCCCUAAGUGACCUCUGCUGAAUACACAAGUUCUUGUCCCCUUUGCAGGAUAGUGUAUUGGAAUU